CUUAAUUCUCCAUUAAUUCCACACCAUCGCAGCCUUAUUCUCCACGGACUGGAAAGUGGUAAAAUUCAAUCUGCCACUUUUUCCGGUCACACUUUAAACAAAACAACGUUGACAUUUUUUAUAUCUUGGGCACAAGGAAACAAAACGUGCCCCGUUUUUCACGUCUUGUGAUCACUCGUUAAACAAGAAAAAAAGCUCAAAGAAAAGAAACAAGAAACGUAACAAAAGAUCUUCAUCAGUUCAUCUUCUUGGGAUCAAGAUUACAAUAAUGGAGCGAGAGAUGAUAACUUUCGUGAAGGUUUGGCUCACGGCUUACGCGUCUCUCUUCUACUGCUACGUCAUGGGGAAGCUUGUCCCAAAAGGCAUUCCGAGACUCUUGGGAAUAGCCCCAAUCGUGAUCCUUUUUCUGUUCCUUCCUUUGAAUCUCUCUUCCAUGCAUCUCGGAGGAGCGACGUCGUUUUUCCUUGCUUGGCUGGCCAAUUUCAAGCUCUUGCUCUUCGCCUUCGCCAAAGGCCCUCUCUCCUCCGAUCCCUCCAUUUCUCCCCGACGCUUCGUCGCCGUCGCCUGUUUACCCAUCAAGAUACAGCCCCAUCAAAAACCUCAAAAUCCACAAAAACCCAGAAAAAGAGGACAAAAAUCCCUUCUCAACUACUCCAUAAAAGGUUUGAUUCUCGCUCUCCUCGUACAAGCCCACCGUUACUACACCCAUUUCAUGCCCAAGAACCUGGUUCUGAUCCUCUACAGCUUCCACAUCUAUCUCUGCCUGGAGAUCAUGCUCGCCAUCGCGGCGGCUCUUGCUCGCGCCGUCCUUGGGAUUGAGCUCGAGCCGCAGUUCGACGAGCCGUAUCUGUCUACGUCACUCCAGGACUUCUGGGGCCGUAGAUGGAACAUCAUGGUCACCAGUAUUCUGCGCCCGACAGUAUACGAACCCGUCGUCAACAUCGCGACACGUGUCAUCGGCCGGAAGUGGGCCUCGCUCCCCGCCGUGAUGGGGACGUUCGCCGUGUCGGCGAUCAUGCACGAGCUGAUCUUUUUCUACUUGGGGCGUCUAAAGUCCACGUGGGAGAUCACGUGGUUCUUUGUCCUUCACGGGGCUUGUUUAACGGCUGAGAUUGGUUUGAAGAAAGCAGUUGCAGGGAAGUUCCGGUUGCCGAGGAUCGUUUCCGGGCCGUUGACCGUUGGAUUUGUUAUGGUGACCGGCUUUUGGCUGUUCUUCCCUCCGCUUCUCCGGUUUCAGGCGGACGUCCGGGCGUUUGAGGAGUACGCGGCGGUGGGCGCGUUCUUGAAGAAUGUUGGGAGUGCUCUUACUUUGAAGACCAUGAAUGCGACGAGAUUGAUCAUGCACAUCUCUCAGUUGGAUGAGAACAAAAACGGAACAUGAUCAAGAGUGUCGUUUUGUGCGCGGUCACCAAGGAAGUAAGCUCAGUUGGGUUGGCCUGUGGCCAAAGAUUACAAUCUACAGCCGUUAGGGUCCGUUCGGUUUGCUAAUUCGAGUUUUUAAUUUGAGUU